CUAGAAAUCUAGAAUAACUCAACGGAGUUAAUUAACAACAUUGCCACACAAGUCUCGAUUCGCACACUCACACCCAUUCUUGAACACCAAGCGAAAGCUGAAUUUCAACCCACCGCUUCUUCUUCUUCUUCUUCUUCGUUCAAAGUCACAAAACGCCAACGAAGACAGCGAUCUGACUGACCAAGAACACCGAACAAUUAUAUACUUAGAAAUCUUCUUGCAAAACAAAGGGCAAAAACAGAAAAUGUAUGUGGAUCACGCGUUUUCGAUCUCGGACGAGGACAUGAUGAUGGGUACCUCGUACACUGUGAAUAACAAGCCCCCAAUCAAGGAGAUCUCACUCGCUGUCGCUCUUCUUGUUUUUGGAACCCUUGGAAUCAUCAUCGGUUCUCUCAUGGCUUAUAACCAUGUCGGCGGUGACACUGCUCACGGGUUGUUCUUUGCGAUCUUGGGAACGCUGUUGUUCAUACCAGGGUUCUACUACACAAGGAUUGCAUAUUAUGCUUACAAGGGUUACAAGGGAUUCUCUUUCUCUAACAUACCUCCAGUUUAGUUUACUUAUAUAUGUAUGUCAUAUUGUUAAGAUGAUCAUAUACCCUUCUCUUGUACAGAUCUUUUCUUUUGUUGAACUUUGUACUCUACUUUCUUUUGUGUCUAAACUAAACCAUAUAUACUGCUACUUGCUACUACUGUUAGGGUUUUGUUCUAUCAAGUGAAUCAUUCUGCUCUGAAAUCGUUAACUAGGACAUGGAUGAAUGGUGAUAGUUUAAGUUUUGUGUGUCAUGUGUAAGCGUGGAUUAAAUGAUAUUGAAGUCUCCUCUUUUCUUUUAUUUUUCUGUCUUUUGGUUCUUUACAUUAUGAGGAGGUUUAUGUAUGUAUGAAUUCUGAGUUAUUGAUUUGAUUGGAAGAUAUUAGGUGCUGUGGAUGUGGAUAGGUGAUUGGUGAAUGUGACUGAGGAAGAAGAAUUAGAAUUGUUAGUGUCAAAAUUGAGAGAAGAAUUAAAAGGGGGAAACUAGACUUUCAUUUCA